GAGCCGGGCUCCGGGGCGGGCCGGGGCGGACGGACAGACAGCCGGCCGCGGGCCCUGACGCACGCUGCGCCCCGGCCCCCUCCCGGGCGGCGGGCCCCGCCGAAGCAGAGGCGCGGCGACGGGGAGGCGGGGGUGGCGGUGUCUGCGCGCACACGCUCGCUCGCAGACACACACACGCACACACACGCACACGCGGGCCACGCCACAGACACACGACACGCACCAAGCCCCGGCCGGGCGCCGCGCACACUCGCACCCGCGCUCACACUCAGACUCGCGCGCAGGCCCCGCAGCCGCCGCCGCCGCCGCCGCCGGAAGCGGCGCUCGGCCCGGAUCCCGGCUGGGCUGGAGAAGGAGAGGACCUGGGUGAGAAGCUGCCGCCGCCUGAGCUGGACCAGGACCCGGGACCCCAUUGCUCCUGCCACCGCCGCCGGGCGCCGCCGCUGCGGGGGCCUCCCUGAGACCGGGCCAGGGAUAGAGCCUCGUGGGCCGGAGGGUCCCCUUAGCCCGCAGACAUCGAGCAGAGACGACUGGCCGCCCUGAGCGCAAUUCAAUUCAACAGACAUUUACUGAGUGCCUACUAUGCGCCAGGCCUUAGGCUAGGCACUGGGGUUGGGGAGCAGAGAGGAAGAUGGGGUCCCGUCCUCAGGUAGCUCCGGGCUGGGGGCGGUGGGGCUUGGAGAAGACUGGUAAGGGCUGAACGGCUCGGCACCAGGAGAGAAGCUGCAUGCAGGGCUGGAAGCAGCAGAGAUGCCUGGGUUCAACUGUAUCCCUGGAGAGCUGCUGUCCCUCGUCCGUGCCUCAGUUUACCCAUCUGUACAACAGGAGGGAGGUGAGGUGGGGUGAGACGAUCUCUAGGAUCCUUCCCGGAUUCCAUGGGGAUGGAAUCAAGGGAUGGGGGCAGAGCGGGGAGACGACUGUUCUCCCCGCACAGAGGAAAUCUGAAGGCUUCUUGGAGUAAGAGGCAUGAGGUCUGGGCUACAGGGGGUGGAAAAGGGCGGGAAUGGCAUCCCAGGCUCAGGAACAGCUGCCCAGGUUAUGAAGGGACGUCAUGGGGUAUGAGCUGGCUGGGGGAGGGGCCCAAGGGCGACAUGCUGGGGUGUGAGCUCUAUUCUGUGGGCUGUUGAGGGUAGAGAGUCAGGAAUGAAUGGUCCUGCUCUGUCUUGCCCCCUCUCCUCUCCUUUCCCCCGGGGUUACACUGCACGAUCACAUCUCCAUUGCACCUUGUGGCCAUGGCAGUGUCCGCCCCGUGCUGGGCACUUUGCACGGUUAGUCCCCUUUGCAGCCUUGUAACGUGGGCGUUAAUGGGCCCAGUUCACAGAUGAGGACGUGGAGGCCAAGAGGGAAGCUCUCGCUCAGGGUCACGAUCUGCUGCCCAGACUCUCUGCGCUUCUCUCACUGGCUCUCCCUGAGGAAUGUCUCUGUCCUGUGUGAUGUCUCCCAUCCUAGGAACCCCACCCCUACCCAACCCCAAGCUCUGAGGAGUGCCUCCCAGGGGCAACGCAGUCGGGUUUGAGGUGAGGGUGGGAAGACCCCCAGAUGUUAUUAGCCGGAUGGACUUUCUCCAAGACCGGAGUUUCUGCCCCCUCGGUCACCCCCUGAGAUGGGGUGAGGCAGGGGGGCUCCUUCCCACUUUACAGAUGAGCAGGCUGAGGCCCUGGGAGUCAUGGGGCUAACUGACAGUCAAACUCAAGGAAGUGACGGCCUGAGCAGGGAGCCCCAUCUCUUAUUGUCCAGCGGAGGCUGGAGGGAGGUUCCGUUUCCCAGAGAUCUGUGCAGAGGGUGUCCCCUGCAGCCCUCUCUAGGAAAUGGAAAAGGCUGGCGUUGGAGUCCAGACCUAGUUCAAAUCCUGGUUUUUGUCUCGCACAAAUGGUGUGAUCUUGAGCAAGUUGUUAAUUACUCUGAGCCUCGGUGUUCUUAUCUAUCAAGGGAGAGGGCAGGCCUCCUUCAUUCAGUCGUUACUAAAUAUUUAUUACCUCCUGGGGGCUUGGUGCUGGGCCUUCCUGGGGAAUCAGGCCCUCCCUCAAAGAACUCAGCCCAGGGGUAAAAAGAGCAGUUCCGAGUCUGGUGGUGAUGGGAGAAAACCCUACGGGCUGCGGGAACCCACAGGAGGGACCCUAACCAGGCUGGUUUACUUGGCUGAGAAAGCAGGAGGGCAGGAGAGGAGAGAGCAGGCACCCGCUCCGCAGGACCCCAGGAGCUGGCUUUCCAGGUCUGCUGUUAGAAUCUUACCAGAUCAGUAGACUUUGGAGGACGGAAGUGCUACCCUCAGAUUUAGCCUUUAAGGAGGCUCGUCCUCUGCCAGGUGAUGGCUGAAUGAUGGGGCCAUUAGAUUGGAGACAGACUAGUGAGGAUGCUGAUUGAGAAAUUCAUUUUGGGCAGGAAGGAGGCUGAGGCAGCCAGAGCAGAGCAGUGGGAGGGCGCACACAGCAGCUUUCCAGGUGUUGAGGGGCUGGGCAGCUGCGGGCUUCUGGCUGGCUCGGGGCAGAAGCAGGAGUGGGCAGUGGGCGGACAGUGGAAGGGGACAGGAGGCAGCUGGGGUAGGGGGGUUUGGGCCUGGUCAGCACCUAAGGGAUAACAGAAGCCUCGGGAGGGGCUGAGAUGCUGGGUAGGGGGCGGGAGCAGGCUUUGGGAGGUUGUUUGAGGGCCAGGACCUGGACCUCAGGGGAGGCCCCUGUGGAGGGGGAGGGCAGGGGAGGUAGGAGGAGAAGCCAGAUGUAGGGACUUUAGGCUGCCCUGCCCCGGAGGGGGAGGGCACAAGUCAUAGGUGUCAGGCGUUUUGCCCCGUGCCAGACCCACGGGAGGGGCCCAGAAGGGUCAGUUCCCACAAGUCAUUGGCCAGCAAGCAGAACCUAGUCGGUCCCCUCGCCAGCCCGAGGAGGAAGAUAUUUGGGAAGAGCAUUUGCAUGCGUAACAAGGCUAAAGUGAGGGAGAGAGAAAGGGGGAGCAGGAGAUGAAAAGAAAUUACCAUACGCCAGGAUCUUGUUAUUCAACCCAAUUUUCAAAGGACCACAGCUGUCGCACUGAGAUAAUCCGUUAAUUAUAACAGCCCUUGUGCUUUGGCAAUGGGAGAGAAACCGAGGCUGGGGAGCAGGCAGAAGGCGGGGGUGGGUGCAGGCCUUUGGGGGGCCGGACUAGAGGGGACAGGGGCAGGUUAAGAGGGGUGUGUUGCCCUUCAGACUGAAAGGAAGACACUGUUGGGGGGGCCAGGCCUCCUCCCUUCUUGGCUGCCAUCCAUAGGGCGGUGGGUGGUGAGGACCUGCUGUGUGCUGGGUACCCCCGCCCCCCGCCUCCCACAAAGCCAGGGUGCCAUGACCAUACUAGGGGCAGCUGAGUUUAUUGAGCACUUACUGUGGGCCAGACUCUGCUCCGUAGCUGUUCACUCACCGCCCUCCGAGGUGGUGCCCUUCUAGUCUCAUUGUACAGAAAAGGAGGCUAAGACUCAGGGGGCCACGCUGUGGGGUCGGUGGCAGAGCUAGGAUCGGAGCUGGACGUGGCCCGCCCUUCCAGCAGAACGGGAGGGGGCACCGGUAUCCCUGGCUUGCCCUUGAGUUUCAGGACGAAGGAACUGUACCUAGGUAUAGGACUCUUGAGGCUCAGCCUUAUCAUCAGAGGACCGCCCCCCCCCCCCCGAGGUGACAGACCCAUGCUGUUGGAGGGUGGCUUGGUGGCCACGCGCCCUGGGCCAUGGUUUCUACGCAGCCGGCAGUCAUGGGGUGCCCCCCCAACCCUGCCCCGCAUUUCCGGGGCUUUUCCAGCAUGGACAGAGCUUCCUUGUUCUCCGAGGCCACAGCUGCAGGCCCCUGGGGGCUCCCUCACCCGCUCCAGAGAAGCUACCCCAGGGCCAAGAGAGGGUCCCCUUGCCUCUGCCUGAUUCACGGUUGGGCUGGGCUGCAUCCUUGGCUGGCUACAGGCCCUGGGUGCUGGUCCUGCAACAGGCAGUGGGAGGGCGGGCAGGUGUCCCAGGUGAGCAGAGUUAGGGGAACUCAAAGUCUGUGGGGAGAGGGGUGGGAGCAAGUGGCCAUUCCAGAAACCCCAGGGCCCUUUGCUGCAGGCCCUACUUUUGAGGGGGUGAACUUAAAGCUGUCUGCGGGGUGUGGCUUCUGCAACGGAGGCCUCUGGCCUCCUGGUGUGCACAGCAGGCUUAGCUGGCAGUGUUUUAUGGGGUAGGAAUUGUGUUUGGAGCGGGUAAACCUCAAACCUCAGCAGGAACCCUGAACCUGCCCCAGGAACCCAGGCAGCAUCAUUAGAGAGCUGGUUCCCUAGGAUGACAAGCAGAUCUGGGAGAGUAUAUGGUUGCUUCCCUAGUUUGGGGUCCCCCUCCCCCCGUGGGCCUGCUUAGAGCUAGUGGGUGUUUGCUGUCCGUCCCAGAGCCACAGAAGAGGGAGGCAGGGACAAAGGUGCUCUUGAGCCCCAGACCAGGAGGCUCGUGGGAUCCCCCCACCUCAAGGUUGGGAUUCUAACUAUUCCCAUGCUGAGGUUCCCUCUUUGGCUGGUCUCCCAAGCUCCAGUGCGCCAGGGCCAGAGGGCAGUGCAGCCAGACAGGCAGGGGGGAAGGAUGGGCAUUUGCUCUAUCCGUGCAGGGAUGCAGAUCCUGGGCAGCCAGAACUUCCAGGUUGUUCCAUGAGAAACCGGGAUUUUUGAAAUGAAGUCACGGAAGUUUUCAAUAUUGGCAACUCAAUUAAAAAAAAAAAAAAAAAGUUUUGAAAGCACUAUCCAGAUGAAACAGGAUCCCACAGCAUCUCUUGACCCAGAUCCUGGUGCCACGGAGGGUCAAAGCCCCUGUGUAGGAGUCGUGAGACCUCAGUUUCCUCCUCUGUAAAGUGGGAAUGAUAACUGAGGUUGUGCGGAGGGCAAAUGAGCUAACGUGAGAGGUGCUUAGGUCCAGCCCGGGAGGGAGCCAGGACUCUGUUUCCCCCUUGCUCCAGACUGCCCAUCCCUCCCCCGCCAGGCUGCCUCCCAGCGGGCUGCCCCCGGCGCCCCCGGAGCCUCUCUUUCUCCCGGUGGGCUCCUCGUGGGCCACCCCGCCUUGGGACUGCCCUGAGGGUGUUGGAAGGCAGGGACUGGUCACCCCUUGGGGCCCUGGAGGAGAAGCAGGCGGAGGAGGCAGAGCUGGGAGGGCAGGCCUAGCCGGUGCCUGGUACAUAGUAGGUGCUCCAUAAAUGUUUAUUGAAUGAAUGAAUGGAGGCCAUGCAGGCAGAGGCAGCUGCGCGUGUGCAGGCACUGGUGAAAGAGCGGGUCCAGUGGAGACUGGAGCCAGGUGACAGAUGGGUCUCGUCCUUCCUGCCCUGUCUCUCGCGCUCCCUCCUCGGAGCUUCCCUUUCCAGCGGCCCGUGGGAAUCGUGGGAAUCAUCUGAAGUUCUGAGCCCAGAACCAGAGGAGGAGGAAGAGAAGGAAGAGGAGGAGGAGGUGGAGGAGGGAGAGGAAGUCAAGUCUUGAGAGCCUGUGCACCCUCCCAGAGACAAGCGGUGGGGGUGUGUCCCGCUGUGUGUCCCUGUCCCAGUGGCCUGCACCUGCUGCUAGCAGCCCCCAAGGACUCCCCCACCCCACUCCCCAACACACGGUUGGCACCGGCCGUGUCUGCCUCACCAGGGGCCCCUGUGCCAGGGGUCGCCCCCAAGAUGGUGGCGGCCCCAGGGAGGACUGUGCCACCAGCCCCAGCCUCCCACUGCUAGGUCCUCCCCCGCCCACGCCCCGGCCCCCCUCUCUACGCCCCCCCAGUCCGGCCUUCCCCGGAGGGUGGGGUGGGGGGCUGUGGCCAGCGCCAUGCUGCGCCUGGGGCUGUGUGCCGCCAUGCUGCUGUGCGUGUGCCGGCCGGGCUUUGUGCGCGCCGACUGCUGGCUCAUCGAGGGCGACAAGGGGUACGUGUGGCUGGCCAUCUGCAGCCAGAACCAGCCGCCCUACGAGACCAUCCCGCAGCACAUCAACAGCACCGUGCAUGACCUGCGCCUCAAUGAGAACAAGCUCAAGGCGGUGCUCUACUCCUCGCUCAACCGCUUCGGGAACCUCACGGACCUCAACCUCACCAAGAACGAGAUCUCGUACAUCGAGGACGGCGCUUUCCUGGGCCAGUCGAGUCUGCAGGUGCUGCAGCUGGGCUACAACAAGCUCAGCAACCUGACGGAGGGCAUGCUGCGCGGCAUGGGCCGCCUGCAGUUCCUCUUCGUGCAGCACAACCUCAUCGAGGUGGUGACCCCCGCCGCCUUCUCCGAGUGCCCGAGCCUCAUCAGCAUCGACCUGUCCUCUAACCGCCUCAGCCGCCUGGACGGCGCCACCUUCGCCAGCCUGGCCAGCCUCAUGGUGUGCGAGCUGGCCGGCAACCCCUUCAACUGUGAGUGCGACCUCUUCGGCUUCCUGGCCUGGCUGGUAGUCUUCAACAACGUCACCAAGAACUACGACCGCCUGCAGUGUGAGUCCCCGCGCGAGUUCGCCGGCUACCCGCUGCUGGUGCCCCGGCCCUACCACAGCCUCAACGCCAUCACCGUGCUCCAGGCCAAGUGCCGGAACGGCUCGCUACCUGCCCGGCCCGCCAGCCACCCCACGCCCUACUCCACCGACGCCCAGAGGGAGCCCGACGAGAACUCGGGCUUCAACCCCGACGAGAUCCUCUCGGUGGAGCCCCCGGCCUCGUCCACCACGGACGCGUCGGCGGGGCCCGCCAUCAAGCUGCACCACGUGACCUUCACCUCGGCCACCCUGGUGGUCAUUAUCCCGCACCCCUACAGCAAGAUGUACGUCCUGGUCCAGUACAACAACAGCUACUUCUCCGACGUUAUGACGCUCAAGAACAAGAAGGAGAUUGUCACGCUGGACAAGCUGCGGGCGCACACCGAGUACACGUUCUGUGUGACCUCGCUGCGCAACAGCCGCCGCUUCAACCACACCUGCCUGACCUUCACCACGCGGGACCCCGUCCCGGGCGACCUGGCGCCCAGCACCUCCACCACCACCCACUACAUCAUGACCAUCCUGGGCUGCCUCUUCGGCAUGGUCAUUGUGCUGGGCGCCGUCUACUACUGCCUGCGAAAGCGGCGGAUGCAGGAGGAGAAGCAGAAGUCGGUCAAGGUCAAGAAAACCAUCCUGGAGAUGCGCUACGGGGCAGACGUGGACGCCGGCUCUGUCGUCCACGCCGCCCAGAAGCUGGGCGAACCCCCUGUGCUGCCUGUGUCCUGCAUGUCGUCCAUUCCUUCCAUGAUCGGGGAGAAGCUGCCCACCUCCAAGGCGCUGGAGGCCGGGCUGGACACCCCCAAGGUGGCCACCAAGGGCAACUAUAUCGAGGUGCGCACGGGUGCGGGCGGGGAUGGCCUGGCCCGGCCCGAGGACGACCUCCCGGACCUGGAGAAUGGCCAGGGCUCGGCCGCCGAGAUCUCCACCAUCGCCAAGGAGGUGGACAAGGUCAACCAGAUCAUUAACAAUUGCAUCGAUGCCCUCAAGCUGGACUCGGCCUCGUUCCUUGGGGGGGGAGGCGGCGGCGGGGACCCCGAGCUGGCCUUCGAGUGCCAGUCCCUCCCCGCAGCCGCCGCCGCUGUGUCCUCGGCCGCCGCCCCCGGGGCGCUGGAGCGGCCCAGCUUCCUCUCGCCCCCCUACAAGGAGAGCUCCCACCACCCGCUGCAGCGCCAGCUGAGUGCGGACGCUGCCGUGGCCCGCAAGACCUGCAGUGUGUCCUCCAGCGGCUCCAUCAAGAGCGCCAAGGUCUUCAGCCUGGACGUGCCCGACCACCCGGCUGCCGCGGGGCUGGCCAAGGGCGACUCCAAGUACAUCGAGAAGGGCAGCCCCCUCAACAGCCCACUGGACCGGCUCCCGCUGGUGCCCGCGGGCGGCGGCGGGGGCGGUGGGGGUGGUGGGGGCAGUGGCAUCCACCACCUGGAGGUGAAGCCCGCCUACCACUGCAGCGAGCACCGGCACAGCUUCCCAGCCCUGUACUACGAGGAGGGCGCCGACAGCCUCAGCCAGCGCGUGUCCUUCCUCAAGCCGCUGACCCGCUCCAAGCGGGACUCCACCUACUCGCAGCUCUCCCCCAGACACUACUACUCAGGGUACUCCUCCAGCCCCGAGUACUCCUCUGAGAGCACGCACAAGAUCUGGGAGCGCUUCCGGCCCUACAAGAAGCACCCCCGGGAGGAGGUGUACAUGGCUGCCGGCCACGCCCUGCGCAAGAAGGUCCAGUUCGCCAAGGACGAGGACCUGCACGACAUCCUCGAUUACUGGAAGGGGGUCUCGGCCCAGCAGAAGCUGUGACCCUCUCCUUCCCGGUGAGGCCGGACGGGGGAGGGUUGGGGGGGGCCCCCACGGGGAAGGGCCCGGGCAGCCGGGCAGGGGGGAGGGGGUGGCGCUGGGGGCCGGGGCCGAGGAGCGGACGCACACGCACACCCGCACGCACGCACCCAUGCACACACCUGACCACCACCUGACUGUGAACAGCCACCACCCGACAACAACGGACAGGAAAACAGAGACACGUUCUCCUUCAAGUUUACACACUGAUACCGAAACCAGUCGUCUUUACUGUGCUGCCCAGGGACUCUGCUGGGGUGUGCGGGGCUGGGGAGGGCGGGGCGCAGGCCAGGAAGCCCAAAGGGGGUGUGGGGUCUGGGGCUCUGGGACUAGGGACCGGUGUGGGGCAGAAGAGUCUGGGGCGGAGAGAGGGUCUCCCCCACCCCGACUCUGGGGCUAGGUCACUCGGGGAUUGAGCACCAGGCAGACAUUGGGCCUUGUUUCCUUUUAUGGCGGGGGACUCUGAGGCCCGGAAAAAGAAGGUGACAGCUCCAGGGCCACAUGGCAGUUUAGGCAGUUUUGCUGUCCCUCCUACCCUUCGUCUGCUCAUCACCCCCUUCCAGAGCUGUGGUCUCUUGGGGCUGAGGGACUUGAGAAUCAGGCAGGUGCUUUUCCUUUCUAGAAAGCCCCAUGGCCACGCCCCCAAGUGUGGAGUUAUGGUUCAUUACGCUGGGGGUCCUUCGCCACGCCUCACCCCUGCCAGCACCCAAGAGAAACAGGAGGUCUGGCUUGCAAGAAAGGAGCAGAGGCACAGGGCCAUUCCACCAGCCCCCUUCAAGUGUCUUCCAAGUAGCCUGGGGGCUGCUUCUGGGGUCUGAGGAGAGAGCAGGUGGGCCCACUCCCACCACCUCUCAGGUGCAGACCCCUUCACUCCAGCCCCUUAGCCUCUCUCGGCCUCUAGGACCCUUCCUUAUGCAAAAGGGCAGCAGUGAACUGUGAUGCCUGGGACCAGUGGGGAGGCAGGGUAUUGGGGGGAGGGUCUUCCUGCCUGUGUCCCCACAUCCUGGCCUCCCACCUGCCUGAUCCCCUGUUAGGGGAUCUUGGGGCAGCAUCUCGGCCUGCCCAGGGGAAGGAGGGCUUUCCCAGGCUUACUCACCCGCCACCUCUCGGCUGCCCAUCCCUGCCCCGCCCUCUGACUAGAGGGGCUCCCAUGUUUCCAUGGAAAUGGCCGCUCCUCCCCUUGCCGACCCCCACCCAACAUCGAACAAAGCACAAACAGUGAGCACCCCCCACCUUGCUGGAGUGGGGGUGGGGGCGGGAGCAGGCAGGUUCGUGGGGCCCCUCCCUCUGCCUGGCCAGCUUCUGUCGCCAUGGCAACCCAGGGCCUGGCAGUUGGGACUGUUGGGCUCCUGGGGGUUCUCCGUCAGUGUGGGCGGCAGAGGGUGGUAAGGGAGGGCAGGGCCAGGUGGCUGCGGCCUUUCUCAACAGCCAGGGGCUUUCAGGGUUGAGUCUGGAUGGGGGCGGGAGGUGGGGCAGAUCUGGGGUCCAGAGCACACUGUCAGGGUGCUGAGAAGCCCUUCACCUUUGAUAAGGACUUGGGCCAGUGGGGGUGGGGACAACUAUGGCCUUGGCCACCUGCCCACCUGCUCCCUGGCUCCCCACCCAACUCCGGAUGGGAAGGAGCCCACUCACCUUGCCCCACACCCCUGCUGGAGACCCCCCAGCCUCUGGCCUAUCACCUCAUUGGGUUUCCUGAGAUCUGGGGAGCGUGGCUAUGGGGUGAGGGUGGGCAUUGGGGUGAGACUAAGACCUUUACUGUGUGUGGGGGUUGCCGACCAGGAAAGCUAGUGCCAUCUCCUGGGUUGGGGUCGGGGGGUCUAGUGACCUUCCUGCCAGGGGUAGGUAGAGUCUGAGGCAGGACUGUUGCGGGGGGCUGCUAGGCUCACAGGAGCGCCUCUCUUACACCCACUUGGGGGACAGACCAAGCCCAGGGCUCACUUUGGGGGUGACAUUUGCAAAGAAAAGACUGUUCUGAGGAGUAGAGAGGAGGGAGCCAGCGUGGACGUGCAGAGCAGACCUCCCUCAACCCCCGAAACCUGCGCCUCCAAGCCUGCCUCACACCAGAUUGGCAAAACCGAGAAUGGCAAGCGGGCAAAGCCAGUGGCGUGAGAAAGCAGACUCCUGUUAUAUUUGCAUGACGAUUUUACUGUAUUUUUCGGAGCAAACAUCUGUCGUCUAUGUGCCAGUUUGUCUAGACUCCCCGCCCCCCCCCGCCCCCCUCCGCCGCCCCCUCUUACCCACGUUCCCUUUGUCGUGAUCUGACAAGCAGCUCUUGAAACCUGGGGAGGGUCCAGCUCUGCAGAAGACCCAAAACAGGUGCCACUGAAACGCAGCCCCUGCCCCGCCCCCGUGUCCUGUCUCUCUGAACUUGGGCCCACAAGUGCCGCCUUGCCCCUUGGGGCCGCCGGUUUCCUACCUUCGCCCUUUCCCCUCCUCCCUGCCAGCGAAGGGGGCGUGCCGGGAUCUCUGUCCCACCUGCUGUCAUUUUUCCGAUGAAGACGUUGGGGGCCCCCCGAAGAGGGAAGGGCUGGGUGACUUGACUACCAGGCUGGAGUGUAGGACACGGUCACCUAGCUAAAUCCAGGGGGCUAAGAGCUCAGGGCUUCAUGGGGAGGCGGAGGGCCCUGAGGGAAGAACCCACGGAAGGAGCCAGGGCUGGGUUGGCCUGGUCUCACCGGAGGUGGCACUUCCCACAGAGUGAGGGUUCCUGACAGCGGGAGCAGAAGCCCCCCACCCUUGCCAUCCCCCCAUCAUUCCUGGUUGACGAUGGCCUGUUAAAAACUACAGACCAUCUUUCUUUGGGGGUCUCUGUCUUAACAGUGAGUGUCUUGCCACUCCAGGAGGUAAACUGACCUUCCUGGGCUAGAUCACACCAAUCUUGGAGGCAGAAUAGAACUGAAUAGAAUAGAAUUGGAGGCCUCUGGCCUCCUGGCCGGGCUGGACCUUCUUCAGCUGCCAGUUGCCCUGAUCUGGGAAAGGGGCCAGUGCACUGCAGCCCACCUUGGAGGCUUUCCUGCAUCUGUGUCCUGUGUCCUCUUCAGGAUCAUUCUUCUCCAAGAGAGAGCAAAAUACGAAAGACAAAUGAGCACCUAUGUCACAGAGUCUGGCCAGCUGAGGCCCCGUGUUUGUAACAGCGAUGAGCACGGCGGUCCCGGGGCAGACGGGGGGUGGGGGUGGGGGGCUGGCAGCCAGGAGAGAAGGGAUGUAGGGGGUGAUGGAGGAAUCGGGGACAAGCUGGCCCGAGGAGAUGUGGGCCUACCAGGGGAGGCCUUCUUGCCUUGGGUCCUGCCUGGGCUUUGCUGUCCCUGUCCGAGAAUCUCCAGAGGAAAAUUCCUGGGUUCCUGUUCGAGUGGCACGGGGCGAGGGGUCUUCCCCUCACCUGGAGGGCCAGCACUGCUAACUGUCGGUUGGAGCUAAUGGUUUUCCUUCCUGGAGUGAGAUGCAGAGGUCUGGAGGGGAAAAAAGCAAAAACAAAAACAAAAAAACGAACCAAAACAAAACCUUAGUCUGCUGUGGAUACCUCCUCAGGAGUCCCAGGGCCUGCCCCUGCCUGCUGGAGUCCGCUCUCCUCCGCACACCUGCUAGGGGACAGUGCUGGAGGCCCGUGGAGGUUGCCCGAGUCCAGGUUGGGGGGAGGUGGGGUGUGGGGCUAUCUGCGGGGCAGUGGGAGUGGAGAGACCCACUUGGGAAGAAGAGUAAGCCUGUGUAGCCCCAGAGACCGGGGACGUAGGGGAGAGUCUGGGCCUGGCCGAGGGUCUGUUUGAGGUUUUCGAUGGGACGUCGCUCACCGCCCGUCCCCACUCCUGAAAAUUUGACAGUGCGGAAACAGAAGCUCAGAAAAGGGAAGGAAGGAAGUGUUGUAGGGUCUCGAAACCAGUUAGGGACGUGAGUCCAAGAUGGCAGCCAGGCAUGGGGGACAAGAGUCACAGGCCCCAGCUUGUAAGGGGCGUCCGUGCAGGGAAGAGUUCCCCAGUGAGGGACACUGUGCAGAGAAUGAAAACAAGGUGACAGAGCGGGGAGGUGCUCAGGGCCCCCUGGCAGGGAGAAGGGGGGCGGGGGGGGGGCGGGGGGGGGGCGCGAGCCCGGAGGACUGACCAGGAAGACCAGACCAGAGGGAGAGGGUGACAGGUGGCUGGAUGUCCCGAAGAACCUCCUCAGGUGUCCCCACUCUGCGUGCCCACCCCACCCCGCCCCGCCCCGGGCCGAGGGAGCCUGCCCUCCGCAGCAUCCCACCCCUUUCGUGGCAGAGCAGGGCUCUUUCUGGGUAGAAGCCCUGGGUGGGGGGGGGGGGGGUGGAUCUGGCUCCCGAGGGGCUUACAGGGGCAGGGCUGACGUGUGCCCACCUGAAGGACCGCUCUCUCCUCCCCAGCGAGACUUGUGCACAGCGCCCUCCGCCCUCCGGCCCAGGCGCUGCCGUGCUCCCUGUCCUCCCUGACCCCGUGUCCUCACACCUUUAAGACAGAACCAGUAUUUACACGGCUUGCCUCACAGGCCUCAUUAAAGGUCCCUCACUGCGGCUGAGCAGAGGGAGAGGAACGGGGUGUUGAACCGGGUGGGCGGGAGGCUCUGGGCCUCCUCUUGCUUCUUUUGCCCUCGCCAAACAAGCACAGGGCUGGACAGGGGCAGGGGUCUCUCCUCGCUGCCUCCCUCCCCUCCUUCCUCCCCCCUUCCCUCCCCAAGGAGCCGCCAGCCCCCGUGGGCCCUGCGGCUUGGCACCUGGUUUGGGGGCUGCAGAGGGGACUCUCGGCCCUGGGCUAUGAACCUGUGAACCCUAGCUGUGUGUGGACCUUUCCUUCCUCGGGGGGGGGGGGGCCCAGAACCUCUCCUUUUCUUCUUUUAGGGGGGUAACUUCAUUUAUUUUCUCUUCCCUAUAUCUGCCUCUCCCUCCUCCCAACAUCCUGUUUUAAACCGAAUGGCACGAAAUUGUUUUCCUCAACUCGGAGAUUCCUGUAUGGAGAGAAUCAAUUUCUAUAUUUGCAAUAAAUUUCUUAUUUAAAACAAUGGGGCCAAGGUCUGCGUUGAAUGUCGACCCCCUUCCCCCCGCCCCCGCCAAGCGGGAGUCCUAGGACCCCUCUGUUUCCCUUUCUCACCAGAACCCCACACACAGGGCUGAGGAAUGAAGCCCCCUCGAUGGGCAGUCACCCCCCCACCCCAUCCCACCCCGGGGUCAAGGAAAAAAGCAGUGUGUCUGUCGGAGGUCAGGGACCAGCAGGAGAUGAGAGGGUUCCAGUCCCCCCACACCCCUCAAGCCUGGCGGGCUGGGGCCUUAUGGCACCUCUUCCUUAAAAGCCGGGGGGCCCUCGGCCAGCUGCUGUGUUCCCCAACCAGGGUGCCCUGGCCUCCAUCGUCCCUGCUCGCAAUCAGACCUGAGGAGACGGACAGGGUGUGGACAUUACGAAUCUCAGCCGAUGUCCAGGGAUUAUGUCCCUUAGCCAGUGGCCAAGGACCCCGAUUUGCCAUGGGCCGGCUUUUAAUUGCUCUGUGCCCUUCGAGAGGGGUGAUGGGGGCCCAGCGGGUGUCCUCCUGGCUACUGUCAGGCUAACUUCCGGGCAGCCUGCCGAGCCCCACCAGGUCUCCAGAGAGGUCUGCGGCCUCUUUCUCCACAGCUUCGAACCACCCCUGCUCCUUCUCCAGAAUCAAGAGAUUGGCAACUUGUCUCUCUGCUCAGGCAUGGGGUUCGGGUCUUCUGUCCAGGGAAACCCUUGCUCAGGGGGGCCUGGGGGUCACCUACAGACCCCAGCCUCCUUGUCUGCCCAGGCCACCCUUGGCUUGGAUCCUUGUUCUCCCAACUGCGGCAAAGCCCUUCUCCGGGAAGCCCUUGGCUUCAGCCUGGAUGGCCGUGGGGUCCUCCGAGUGGCCUCCCUGGCACCAAGCUGUUCUCCCAUGAGUGAUGUCACACGGUGCCACUUGGCAGCUCUGACCCCGGGGCCGUCCCUGGGGCCCUGGUGGCUCUUGGCCCAUGGGUGUGUUGUGAUCCCUUUCACCUCCCUGAGAGCCAGUGCGGACCGGUGGUGGGGUGGGGGACGGCGUCCUUCUGCGAAAGCCCCCGUCUGGGCCCCAGCUGGCAUCCUGUCUCCGCUCAGCUGGUCUCAGGCGCCCUCCUUGAUGCUGUCUCAAGAUAGCCUCAGCCCGGCCCGCGGUCUCCCGGGACCUCUGCUGACUGGCCCUUGCCAGGCAGCCCCUAGCUCACGUCCUGUUUUCUGAGGGGAGGUUCAGGAUGAACUUGCACUGUGGGAUGGGAAGAGAGAGGGGCAUGUCUGUGGGUGGGGUUGGGGGGAGCAGAGCCUGCAGCUGGGGCUGCCCUGGGGUCCCCCAGCCUGGCUGAGGCUCAGGCCACCCUUCCCCACCCCCGCCCUGCCACCUUCCUCUGAUACUUUGCUCCGGGGCCUCUAUCACCGUGGGCCUUUCCUGUUGGACGGUCCCAUGAUUUCCAAGGGUAGGAAGCCAUGACCAAAGGUGGGCUUGAGCCUUUGGCGGGGGUGGGGAGGGGCGAUGGGGGGCAUCCAGGCCAGUCCAGCUCCUUCCAUUCCUGCUGUCCUGAACUCCCCAGCCCCUCAAGCUCCUUCCCCCAGGGGUUCGAGGGUCAUCUGCAGUUCCUGGGAAUUUGGAAGUGUCUUCAAGGACAGCUUUGCUUUUGUGUACAGAAAGACUCAUUCUGUUAUUACUCAGGUACAAAUGCAAAAAGACCUUUAGCUUUUCAUUUCGGCACAGAGGUUAUUCUAUUUAUAGAUCUAGUAAAUUUUCACGUUCACACGGAAGGGGAUUUGGGUUUAGGCCCUGUUUACAAAAUGCAGUUAAUCAAAUGUCUUUAAUGGCCCAAAACUUCAUCCAGACAUUCAUCCUAUCUGAUUUCCUUUCAAAAUACUUCAUUUAUUUGAAGAACCAGCGACGCCUUACAUCCUGACAGAUUUCUACUCGC